AUGUACCGGUCAAUUUUCAUUUUGCUUUUGUUCCAAAGUGUUUUGUCUACAAAUGGAGUUGCGGCCGCUUCUCUUACGAUUGAUCAGUUCAUAGACAAGCUUCAAAAGCUGAUAACUGAUGAAAGUGAGGUCGUUCAAGAGUUUCAGCACUAUGAUAAUAUGACAUUUCGAGAGAAUUGUGACGAGUUCAACUUGUUUAUUGGUAAUGUCACGGAUAUCGACUCAAUUUCUAUUGUAAAGUGGCCAAACUUUGAGUAAGUUGACAUUGUUUUUGGCAUUUAUUGGAGUUAGAAAUGGCGUUUUAAAGAUUUAAAAUGACUUUUUUAAGCUUAAAAUGCCAUUUCUUUAUGAAAGUCGAGCUUGUAAAGAAAGUUUUUGCGGUUUUGUAUAAAGUAUUGCAUUCCAGGGUAUGGUAAGGUGUAGCAUAGCAAGAUAAAGGUAGAUAUGUUGGUAAGGCAGGACAGAACAGGACAAAGCAAGGUAGAGAAGGGUAGUGUAGGAUAGGAUAGGGUAGGGUAGGGUCGGGUAGGGUACUGUAAUUUCAAAAAAUAGUUCUGUAAACAAAGUUUUUGCGAUUUUUUAAUUAAAAAAUGUCAUUUUAGUGCUCCAUGUUGGAUAAUGCACGAUCAGCGGGCAGGUUACAUUUCGCUGCAAUUCUACAGAUAUAUGGAUGUCAAGGACAACUACAACAUGUAUAUUGUAUCCAGGGCAAUACAAAUGGCGAUUCCAAUCAAUUUAAGCGACAAUUUGGUAAGAUACCUUACCCUACCCUACCCUACCCUACCCAAAAAAUUCCCAGUUCAGACCACAAACGAGACCAUUGCGAACACAAAGACGCUGGUCGAUCUAGCUUUACUCGGCUUCGAAGAUCAGCAACUCUUCGAAGGCUACAUUGCUACACAAUACAAAUUUGGCAUCCCAUACCAAGUCCGCCGGCAUAGUAACGACCACUCGUUUGAUUACAUCUUCUGGUCGACUUUUUUCACCGCUUUGAUUGUCUUCACCAUCAUAUUUUUGUUCCAACUAUGGUGGGAGAGGCGCACGGUGAAGCCAGCGGCUUCAGAAUACGAAAACACGAUGAAGAAGCCAAAUUCGAAGACAUCCGUUUCCAGAAGUGCACCAGUAAGCGACGAUGAUCAAGAAUUGGACAUUACUUUCCCACCGGCUUGGAUGAGCGAUGCCGAAGCAGCUAAAGCGAGUAGUAGUGCUACAACUGCAACUUGAUAUGCAGUGAUAUAGGUAUUGAAUUUGAAUAAAUUAUUUAAAUUGUUGGUCGAUUUUGUUUGAUUAUUAGUUGUAAAAGUGUUGUGACAGUAAUAUUGGUUGUUUUUGUUACUGGGCGGGUCUUCUUAGGUCUUUCGUAAGGCGUGGUGGCAAAGAGAGGAGAAGGUUGGGGUAGAACUAAUAUUGGGAGUAGGAGUAGAAGUAGUAGUAGGAGAAGGGUAAGAGCGGAAGGGAUAGCUUUACUUUGCCUAGCCCAAAACUUUAGCUCAAAGCACUGGUCGAGAGUCCUGGCCUAAUGCUUAAGCCUUAACUUUAGCGAUUGCCUUGCCUGGCCUUGCCCUGGCCCAGCCCACCCCAGCCCAACCCAGCCCACCCCAGCCCAACCCAGCCCAGCCCAGCCCAGCCCAGCCCAGCCCAGCCCAGCCCAGCUCAACGCAGCCCAGCCCAGCCCAGCUCAACGCAGCCCAGCCCAGCCCAGCCUAG